CUCAUAACCACCCUACCUUGAUCGACCAUGGCGGAAGAAGAUGUGCAAGCAUUGGUGAUUGACAACGGCUCCGGCAUGUGCAAGGCUGGCUUUGCAGGGGAUGAUGCUCCGCGUGCUGUGUUUCCCUCCAUCGUGGGCCGACCGAAGCAUCCCGGGAUCAUGGUGGGGAUGGACCAGAAGGACGCGUACGUGGGCGACGAGGCGCAGUCGAAGCGUGGUGUGUUGACGCUGAAAUAUCCAAUCGAGCACGGUAUUGUGACGAACUGGGACGAUAUGGAGAAGAUUUGGCACCAUACGUUCUACAACGAGCUGCGGGUGGCGCCCGAGGAGCAUCCCGUUCUUCUCACGGAGGCGCCGAUGAACCCCAAGGCCAAUCGUGAACGGAUGACGCAGAUCAUGUUUGAGACAUUCAAUGUGCCAGCGAUGUACGUAAAUAUCCAGGCUGUGCUUUCGUUGUACGCCUCCGGGCGCACGACGGGCUGCGUGCUGGACUCUGGUGAUGGCGUGAGCCACACGGUACCCAUCUUCGAGGGGUACGCGCUGCCGCACGCGAUCGUGCGUCUGGACCUGGCGGGGCGAGACCUGACAGAGUAUUUGAUGAAGAUUCUGACGGAGCGAGGGUACUCGUUCACGACCACGGCGGAGCGCGAGAUCGUGCGGGACAUCAAGGAGAAGCUGACCUACGUGGCGUUGGACUUUGACCAGGAGCUGAAGGUGGCAGAGGAGUCCUCUAGCCUGGAGAAGAGCUACGAGCUGCCGGAUGGUAACGUGAUCGUGCUGGGCUCAGAGCGAUUUCGUGCGCCGGAGGUGCUUUUCCAGCCCUCUUUUAUCGGCAAGGAGGCGAGCGGCGUGCACGACUGCACGUUCCAGACGAUCAUGAAGUGCGACGUGGACAUCCGCAAGGACCUGUACUCCAACAUCGUCUUGUCGGGCGGGACGACCAUGUUCCCGGGCAUCGGAGAGCGCAUGACCAAGGAGAUCUCGGCCUUGGCGCCCCCCACCAUGAAGGUGAAGGUCGUGGCCCCGCCCGAACGCAAGUACUCCGUCUGGAUCGGCGGCUCUAUCUUGUCUUCGCUCUCCACCUUCCAGAGCAUGUGGAUCUCCAAGGCCGAGUACGACGAGUCGGGGCCGUCCAUCGUCCACCGCAAGUGCUUUU